AUGGCCACUAUAACAUCACCGAUGAAGCGGCCGCUCUCCCGCGACCAAAGACCUCCGGGUGAUGAACCAUUAAACUCGCCCGCCAAAAGGCGCCGAGUAACAAUUGAAGGAUUUCCCAUUGAAGCACCUGCUGCUCCCGAGAUAUUUGCAGACCCCGAAGCCCAACGGGUAGAAAACACGGCCGCAUCUGUGGAACGUGCUUUCGCCUUAAGGAGUGCCUUCGGGAGCGAUAACCUGCCAAUAGAAUGCAACUGUCCUCCCCUGCGCGGUCGCUCUGACUAUCGCGGCUGGCGUCGCAAAAUGCGAGUACUUCUGGACCGCAACUUUCUUCUGGGUCUGGUGGAGGGCAAAAUCGGUCAACUUCCUCAAUCGCAUCGCUUCGAGUACGAAUUAAAGAACCUGAACGCCGCUGCGAAGAUGAUCAUUAAUGCGAACCUCUCUGUCACUACCAGGCCGAUUGUUCGCAAUAUGCACAACCCGCAAGAGAUGUGGCAGAAGUUGGAGAAGCACUGCAAACCGUCCGAUUGGAGUCUGGCACGAUCGGGCUGGCUGGAGUUGCAGAAUAUCAAAUACAGCCAAUGUGCUGAUGCCUGGGAAUAUGUUUAUAGGGUGGAUGAUGCAUGGCGAUGUAUCUGCCUUGAUGGGGAGGACGCCUUUGAGAAACAUGAAAUGGCCCGUUGCACGAGCCUCGUGUGUGGAUUGGAUACGCCGAAGUGGGAAAGUUGGAAGAUGCGUCUGCUUUCUGAUCGCAGGGCUAGUAUACCAAGCUGGGAAAGUCUUGUGAAAAGCUUGACCUCGGCGGAGGACAAGGGCAUAGUGUCUGAUGUGAUUGGUAUGGCCAUCUGA